AUUUUACAUAUAACCGAGCACGGAAAUCCGUUUUCUUACACCGAAACCGACGGUGGAGGUCGAUUUUCGGUGUUUUCCGUCGCUCUUUAAGGGUUUUCGGGCGAUGUUGUUUAUCUGUAGUAAGGGGGGGCUUGAAACCGCCCUCCCUUGCCCCAUUUCCUCGGUUGUUUUCCUUCUCUCGCCUGGAUUCUCCAUGUUGUUGGUGCAAGAGUGAAGACUUCGCAGCGACGGGUACAAGGGGGCUGCUCGGCGAUAUUACCCGUAAUAGUAGCGGUUAAACCCGAUACGACGGAGCUGACAGUCUCAAAUAGCCUCCAAAAAAACAUAUUCAAGUGCCUUGCCCCCUCCCCAGGCGGCGGACCUCCGAGAGUAGAAGAAGAAGAAGAAGCGGCGGGGGGAAUAAAGAAACCCAGGAACAAGAUAAAUGUCACCGAGGAUUGUUUCUGAGGCGGAUGAUAAGUUACCUCGGCGAUUAAUUGACUCGACUUGUCAAUAAAACCCAAUGAGGGAUGCCCAUCAGUGCUCGGGGACAGGAUUUGAGGAUUUUGAGGGCUCCGUGAUUGUCAGAUGGAAAGUUCUGUUAUCACCCAAGUGCAGAAAGAAGACGUUCAAGUGUCACCGAAAACAGGCCAGGUGAGCCGGACUGCCCUGAAACAGCCUCGGAGUUGUAACAUCUUCAAAGCACUCUUCUGUUGCCUCCAAGCUCAGGAUGGCCCCAAACCACCGCCACCAACACCACCAACACCACCACCUUCCCAGCAGGCCUUGCUGGAGUCACAGGAAAAUGGGACGGUUGUCAAGCAGUCUGAACCGAGCCUCCUGCCUGAGGUGGAGGCCCAGGACCAGGGGAAGAUCUGUGUGGUCAUAGACCUGGAUGAGACGCUGGUGCACAGCUCAUUCAAGCCUAUUAGUAAUGCAGACUUCAUCGUGCCUGUGGAGAUAGAGGGGGCCACACACCAGGUGUAUGUGCUGAAGAGGCCGUAUGUGGAUGAGUUCCUGAGGAGAAUGGGAGAGUUGUUUGAAUGUGUGCUGUUUACAGCCAGUCUCGCAAAGGUACUUUACAUCAGAAGCAGAUCUCAAAAUAGAUACCUUAUUCAGCAAGUAUUUUCUUCUUUGGUGUUUGCUGUCGUUUCUGAUCUGUCACAGGUUGUUCUGCUUUGUCUUUUAGUUCUGCUUUUCCUGUGAUAGCAGCUGCUUUCCAUGCUCCUAGUCAUACAAGUAGUCAUCCCGCCCAUGUUUAAAGCUAUAGCUUGUUUUUGUGCUCAUCUGGAGCAGGUUGCACCAGCGCUUUGUGAUUUUAAACUCAGCCCAGUUAUAAUGGCAGCCUAAAAUAAAAAAUGCCUAAAUACAGUAAAAUGAUUUGUUCCAAAUACACUAGAUAAUCGGGGAUAUG